AUGCAAAGACUGACUAAUCAAUUUUCCAACUUAGAGAAUAUUGGCAAUCUAGAUAUACAACUUCUGAGCCAUUCCAUUUCAUCCAAACAAGCAAAGUCUAAAAAGGCUACUUUAUCGAAAUACCAGGAGAAUGUCAGUGAAGCCGAGGAAUUAGAAGGAUUCGAGUUUUAUGAUGAUUUGUCGUUCUCAAAGUUCUCAAAUAGCAAUGCACUUUCCAAAUCACUACCGAUCUUAGUGCGUGAGAGUCAGGGAGAUGAAUCACCAUUUAUGAGAAAGUUACAGGAGAAAUCAGCUUCCAGCUCCAAAUUUGUCGACUAUGCUAAUGAUUUACGACAUUCAUCAGGUCUGGCUCACCAUAGUCCUACGUUUGAUGCUAAUUCUCGGGAAAGUAGAUUUCAUGAAUCACAUCGACUUGAAGAAAUACCCGAAGGGACGCUAAACCAUUUCAAUGGCCAAAAUAGGAGCCCUGCAAAAUCAUUUGGGGAUAUUAAAUCGACACCAAGACAUAAAAGAACAACGUCGGUAAAAAUUUCGUUGACACCAGCACAAAAAACACAACCUAAAAGCAAUGUGCACACACUGACUGCCCUCAACAACUUUGAAUUUGGCACUUUAAUAGGCAAUGGUGCAUUUGCCAGUGUUUACAAGGCAAAGAACUUGGCAACUGGUCAUCUUGUUGCAAUCAAGCAAAUACGACUUGAACAAAAUCAAGAUGUUGGUGUGUUGAUGGGAGAAAUUGAUCUUUUAAAGAUAUUGAAACAUUCCAACAUUGUCAAGUACCACGGCUUUGUUAAAACUUCCACUUCUUUAAAUGUUAUACUAGAAUAUUGUGGAGGAGGCUCAUUGCGUCAGCUAUACAAAAAACGCAAAAGUGGGCUUCCUGAGGUGGAGAUUGUUAAAUACGUGAGAGAAGUAUUAGCUGGUCUAAAUUACUUGCAUGAGCAGGGUGUGGUGCAUCGAGAUGUUAAAGCUGCUAAUGUGUUACUAACCGAUAAGGGAGAAGUAAAAUUGGCUGACUUUGGUGUGGCUUCGAAGGUGAGCUCACAGCACUUUACGGUAGUGGGGACUCCAAAUUGGAUGGCUCCGGAAACUGUCCUUGGUGGGGAGGGGCUUUGUACUGCUUCCGAUAUAUGGUCUCUUGGUGCUACUAUCAUUGAAUUAUUCACAACUAAUCCUCCGUACCAUGAGUUGAACGCAAUGGCUACUCUUCAUGCUAUAGGCACUGAUGACCAUCCACCCAUGCCUAAAACUCUAUCAACGUUGGCGCUGGAUUUUUUAAUGGAGUGCUUUCAAAAACAGCCGAAUUUGAGAGUAAGUGCAAGCUUGUUGCUUAAACACAAAUGGUUGAAUCAAGGUACUUCCGGUGAUUUGAUUGGUAAGAACGAUAGCAAGAGGAGUUCAAGUUAUGUUCUACCACCGCUUGAUGAACCGCUUGGGGAGCCGGUUUCAAAUGAGGAACCAAAAUACUAUGUUGAUGAUGAUGGUUCCGAAAUGCAAUCCAAAUUUUUCCGAAGUCUGUUGAUUCUGAAAACCAAGCUUUCAAAGAACGACUUGUUGAAUAAGUUUCAGGAAAAUGAUGACCCUGAAGUAUUAUCCUCAGUAUUUAUAAAAACUGGCCCGUUUGCUAUCUUCAAUAGAGAUUCAGAAGACACCGAAGAAAAUGACCCGUUUUUGGACAUUGAAGUUGACAACUUUGAUACUAAUGAAAUAGAAAUUCAAACCAAGAUGGAAUACUUGGUAACCAAAUUAUCUCAGAAGUUGGAACAAUUACACGCUGGUAAUGCUGAUGCUGCCGAAAAACUAAUCAAAGUGACAGGAAGAAUGUGCCAUUUGAUUAAAAAGUACCCAUUUCUGCAUGAUACAUUCAUUCGGGAUCAUGGAGUACUCUCACUAAUGGAACUAUUGGAGUCUCAUCAAGAUAUACCGAAGCAAAACCAAUUAUGGUACUAUACUUUAUCAGUAUUGAAUUACGUGUUUGAAGCGAACAUAGGGCAGUUGGAAAAUUUCUGCUUCUUGGGAGGUAUACCCACAAUUGCCCACUUUAGAAACUCCACAUACGACAAGAGAGUGAGACUUGAGGUGGCUAGGUUUAUCAACUGUUUAAAUCGGUCAAAUAAUGCAUUGUCGAUGUUUGUUUCGUGUGGUGGUCUCAGAUUGGUGGCCAAGUUUGUUGAAGAAGACUUUGACACAACACCUACAUUUCCCAUGGUUGCAAUCGACACUAUCCAUAAUGUUUUAACUAGAGACGUGAGCCGAUCCAAGUCUAAUAUAUGUCGAAUUUUGUCCAAACACGGCGUUUUAUUUUGGUUUGUCGUGUUGCUAAACAUGCUCUUGAAGAGAUGUAGUCAAGCAGACCACAGUUUGGUGCAUGAAAUGCAGUUAGCCGCCGGUAAAGUUGUUGACAUUCUUAGGUUCUUUAGUCAAGCCGAAACUAAAGUCAGGGCUGCUGUUGCCAAUGUCGAUAUUUUUAAACUUUUGGUCAAGUUGUACGACAAAUUGGAAUUCGCUCAACAGAUUGUCGUUUUAAAGUUUUUCAGAUCAAUGUCCUGCAUUGGAGAUGUUUUAAAAUAUCUUUACAAAGCUGAUAUAUUGGAAUUUUUGGCAGGACUAUUGGAAAAGUAUGUACCCUCGAGGUCCAACUACAAAGAAGUGAUUAACAAUAUCGCUCCUCUUGUCUACAACUGUCUUUCCUUGAAUUAUGCCAAAGUGAUAGAGUUUAUUAAUUUGGGAGCUCUUCCUCAUUUAAAGGUGCUAUCGAUGGUUAAAUUGCCAUUUCGACAAUUCAUCUUGCCGAUUAUGUGUGAGUUGGUUUAUUGUGGGAAAUCAAUCAGAUCAAAUUUGAGGACAUUGGAUAUCCCCAGUUUGUACUUCAACUUGUUGCUUGAUCCGUACUGGCAAUCAAAUGCAUUGGAGUCUAUUUAUGCUUGGUAUCAAAUGAGCCCCAAACAUAUCAAAGUAGAUGGUCCACGAGCUAAUAGCUGUUUAGCAGCGGGAUUCCUUUUACCCAAAGUUGCUAGUUUGGAGUCAGUCCUCGAUGACUACUUGAAAUUGUUAGCUAUGGAUGUCACUUUGGUUAAGACCAUGCUGGAGGUGAAUAUAGUCGAAAACAUAUUGACCAAAUUGAAAAGUCAUAGCCAAAACCCUGUGAUCCAAGUGCUGCUUUUGAAAAUUUUGAAAAUAGUCAUGAUUAACGUGGUCAUUUCUGGUUUCAAUUGUCAUAUUCAAGAGAAUGAGGAGAAGGUGAUGAAGCUGGUUAUUGAUUCUUUGCAAAACUUGCCCUUACGUCAAACCUCACUAUUGGUUGGAGAGAUUUCGACUGAGAUAAUGAAUUUAGUGUUUGCUCGAUGA